GAGAGAGAGAGAAAAGACUGAGGAUGCUUUCUGAGCAACAAGCUACAGAGAGAGAAAGAACGAGGGAGUGAAAGAGGGAGAUAACCGAGUGCAUCUGGAAACUAGGAGCUGGAGUAGUGUGUGUGUGGAGUAGCUGAUUCUGGCUGAGGAGACUGAGAGGAUCCUGGAUGUGAAGCUGCUGGAUUACUGGAUCUGCUGGAUCAGGAUGAUUCCUGAAGAUGCCACCGUGUGCUCCAGUUUUUCAGGAGUUAUUUCUGGAUGUGUCGUUUUUUUCUCACGGAGAAAUCAGAAUGCGGAGAGCUGGGAAUAAAACCAUUUUGGAAAUCCUGAAUUUAUCAUUUCUAAGCCAUGGACUAAUCCAAUAUAUAUAUCUGUCAGACGAUUCUUAAAUGGCUGUACCGUUGGAACUUCCGAAAUAAUGUGAAUCAAAUUCGGGAAGACUUUCCUGGCUGCUUCGGCAACCAAGAAAAAAAAAAAUGUUCUCCCGCAAUCGCUGCAACGGCCAGGAUGGCACGGGUGUACCUCAGUACGGCCGACCUAAGAACAAGUCGGCGGUGCCCAAGAGAAGGCAGCCGAAUCCCAGAGUCGCCCUCGUGAUACGAGGGAAGAUUAACCGCCUUCUGCAAGGUUCUUCUGAGCAUCCUGUCCAAGCUUCAAGUCUCUACUAUGCAGGAAUUGAAGAGGAAGAUGAAGAAGAGGCAGAGGAUUUGGGCAAGAUGCAAGACUACUACCGAAGGGGAAUGGCUUCCGUUGAAGCCUGCCACCCUCCUCAAUUGCCCAACGGACAAAGACAUAGUGAAGAUUCUGGGGCGUGUUGUGUGGGAGAGGUUGAGUUGAACAGGGAGGGUGGAGUCAGAAUCCCGUGCACCUUGCAACACUGUGGUCCAAGUACGGAUUUACAGAGCCAGGCAACUCAAGAUCUCAAAGAUCUCAAUGGAGCUGGGUUUGCUUUUGGCAGUGGACUAGCUUGUGGGGCAUCUAUGCAACAAAAGGACUCUCUGCUCUACCAGUUUAACAUGGCCAUCCAAGAUAAGAUUGGGGAGGUGAACGAGCAAACAGAAGAAGAAUCAAGUGCCAUUAUUGAGCAUAUAUUGAAAGAACUUCGAGGCAUCAAUAAAAUCCAAGAGGAGAUCUCAGACCUGAGGCAGUACCUGUCCUCUGUUCGAGGGUCGGUUGAGGAGGUGUCAAGCUGUGUAGAUGCGGUGUUGAUGGAGAUUGAGGGCAUUCGUUCAGGUACCAAGACAAGUCUGGAAACAUCUCCUGGGACUGAGUCUCAUCAUCAAAAACCUUUCACCAAAGGUUAUGACAAACUGCAUGGUGGUGUCCAAGAAGGGUAUGAAGCUGCCUUGCAUUGCAAGGGCCAGUGCAAACCAUCAUGUUCCCAGGAAUCAGAAUUCAGGGCACAGCCUAGAAGAUUGUCCAAAGACUGCGAGGCUUCAUCCACACAGUGUUCAGACACAGUACCUCUGAGCACAGGGAAAAGAAAGCUAAGCUUUGGCUACCUUGAGCGACAAGAUGGCCAAGACUGUCCGAGUACCAGCUCUCUUUCUUCAGGCCAAAGCUCUAAAUCUGACUCUGACCAUGAGAGAUCGUCGUCUGGUUUGGUUCAUGGAACCAGUGAGGAACAGAACUGGAGCCAAACAGGGUGCAGAAACACUGGAAAUAAGGAUACAAGAUGGAACGAAGAGGAUCCAUGCUCUAGACAGUCUAGCUUUGAAGAUACGGAAGGUUACACAAUUGGAGAAGUCGACACCUGGGAUCCUUCAAGGGAUGAGGGUGCUAGUUUCCCACAGAAUGAAUCAAGUUCUGAGCUCAUUUCCGUUUCAGUAAACCGUCACUACAAUUCUCCUGCAAGCACAUGCAGUAGAGAAGACCGGAGUGGACGGGGAAGCAGGCCUAAUCGUUCUGAGAUGCACGUACGCUUCGAAGAACCGUGUUUUGAGUAUAAAGAUUAUCAAUCGUCCCAAUUUUAUGAUGAGAGACAUGUCUCUUCCUUUUCUCUGAGCUCAAGUCAAGCUGCUGCAAAUGAUGAGGAACUCUUUACAUCUUCUUCUUUUUAUGAAACUUGUUCAGAUCCUACUCUGAAUGGACAGUCUUUAGAGGGCUUUGUUGGGUCAGCAAAGACUUCGUCUGGAAGCAUCAAGAACCGGAAGCAUCAACACUCAUCCAGUUCUUAUAAGCAUAAACGUCAAUAUGGACCUGGCGAGGGAGGAAACGUGGGGUUUACCGUCAAAAGAUUUGGGAGGGCAGUACUGGAUUUUAAAAGUGCACUGAAGGGGGCGCUAAAGAAGCUUGAGGCAACUGGUGCAACAUCAUCAGUGGAAAAACCUGAUGCUUCCAUCCCGUUGAUUCCAUGUGGUAAUCCUCAAGUAGAAGUGGACUUGCCGAACAGUCGGAUAUUCAGCGUUGACUUGUCCAAUAUCAGGACACCAAGUAAGGAAGUAUCUCUGGUGGAAACACCUUGUGUUGAGGCUCUUCAAACAGAAACACCAGUCUUGACUUCGGAAGAAUCCCAAAUCGACAGGGUUUACCCCAUUCCGAUGGAGCCAAAGGAGUGCAUUUCCGUCACGUCAACCACUUGCAGUACUAUCCCAGAUCCAGCAGAAUACAGUUUAAAAUCUCUUCUUACACAGAAUAACGAGCCUUUGGAUUCCUCGCUUUCCCCUGAACUGGAUUCCUCCAGUGAAACAGCACUUCAUGGAACUGAAGCCACCAUACCUGACACACCAUGCCUUACCGCAGAGUCCACCUCCACCUCGUUCUCCGCUGAAGAUCCACCAAUCCAGGAGGUACAGGGAGAUCCAGAACCAUUAGUGGAAACCUCAGUUGAACACCAGCAGCAGCAAGAAGAUAACAGCAGCAUCCUCCCUGCAGAGACUGGAGAACAGGAAGGAGAGCGCCCCCUAGAGCUCAGCGAGAGAGAUGCCCGGAGGCUGAAAUGCCUGAGGACCUUCCAGCAGAUCCUUAAGGAGAAGAAAGAAAGCAGAAGACAUCUCAGCAUGGCGACCAUGUUCACCAUGUCUGAAGAUGACGUCAACCAAGACGCCAGCCGAGAUGAAGAUCAGGUGCAGAGUGGUGAUGGAGGUCCGAGCAGCAGAGCGCCGUGGAGCAGAGCGCCCGGUGGAGGGGGUAUAUUUGGGAUUGACAGUACUCCUGAUCUGCGUAAGAAGAGGCCGGUUCCGCUGGUCAGUGACGUGUGUCUGGUUCAGUCCAGAAAGGCCGGGCUCUCGUACGCUCUGCAGUCUCGUUCUUCACUUAAAGACGAGGAGCUGAAGGGUCAUGUGUAUAAGAAGACCCUGCAGGCUCUGAUCUACCCCAUCUCCUGCACCACGCCUCAUCACUUCGAGGUGUGGACGGCGACCACGCCCACCUACUGCUACGAGUGUGAGGGGCUGCUGUGGGGCAUCGCCCGGCAGGGCAUGCGCUGCUCCGAGUGCGGGGUGAAGUGCCACGAGAAGUGCCAGGACCUGCUGAACGCCGACUGCCUGCAGAGAGCGGCGGAGAAGAGCAGUAAAACCGGAGCUGAAGAUCGAACUCAGCACAUCAUCUCAGCCAUGAAGGACCGGAUGAAGAUCCGCGAAAGGAACAAACCCGAGAUCUUCGAGCUGAUCAGAUCCAUCUUCAACAUCACCAAACUCCACCACGCCCAGCAGAUGAAGACCAUCAAACAGACCGUGCUGGACGGAACCUCCAAAUGGUCCGCCAAGAUCUCCAUCACAGUGCUCAGUGCUCAGGGUCUUCAGGCUAAAGACCGGACCGGCUCCAGUGACCCGUAUGUGACGGUUCAGGUGGGAAAGACCAAGAAGAGAACCAAGACCAUCUACGGGAACCUCAACCCAGUCUGGGAGGAGACUUUCAACUUUGAGUGCCAUAACUCAUCGGAUCGUAUAAAGGUGCGGGUUUGGGAUGAGGAUGAUGAUAUAAAGUCGAGAGUGAAGCAGAGGCUGAAGAGGGAAUCGGACGAUUUUCUGGGUCAGAGCAUCAUCGAGGUCCGAACCCUCAGCGGAGAGAUGGACGUCUGGUACAACCUCGAGAAGCGCACGGAUAAGUCCGCUGUAUCUGGAGCUCUCAGGCUGCAGAUCAGUGUGGAGAUUAAAGGAGAAGAAAAAGUGGCUCCAUAUCACGUACAGUACACCUGCCUACACGAGAAUGUCUUCCACUAUCUGAUAGAUGUUGAUGGGAUGGUGAAGCUGCCGGUUGCCCGUGGCGACGAUGCCUGGAAGGUGUAUUUUGAUGAAGCUGAGCAGGAGAUUGUGGAUGAGUUUGCUAUGCGUUAUGGCAUAGAGUCCAUCUACCAGGCCAUGACGCACUUUGCGUGUCUCUCGUCUAAGUACAUGCUCUCUGGAGUUCCCGCGGUGAUGAGCACUCUGCUGGCCAAUAUUAACGCUUUCUUCGCCCACCCGACCUCAGCCACCAGCGUCUCCGCCAGCGACCGCUUCGCCGCCUCCAACUUCGGGAGAGAACGCUUCAUCAGGCUGCUGGAUCAGCUCCAUAACUCCCUGCGGAUUGACCUCUCCACCUACAGAAAUAACUUCCCAGCCAGCAGUAAACCCCGCCUCUCUGAUCUGAAAUCCACCGUGGACCUGCUGACCAGCAUCGCCUUCUUCAGGAUGAAGGUGCAGGAACUGCAGGCUCCUCCUCGUGCGGCGCACGUGGUGAGGGACUGUGUGAAGGCCUGCCUCAACUCCACGUACGAGUACAUCUUCAACAACUGCCAGGAGCUCUACAGCAGGCAGUUCACCCCCGCCGUGGAAGCCGAAAAGCCAAAGGAAAAAAAGGAGGGAGAGGAAGGAGAAGAAGGAGAAGAAGGAGAGGGGGAGGAAGAGAAGGCCAAGGAGGAGGAGAGCGCUCCUCCGGAGGAGGCGGGGCCAAGCUUCAACAACCUGGACUUCUGGCCCAAACUUAUCACACUCAUAGUGUCCAUCAUAGAGGAGGAUAAACUCGCAUACACACCUAUUAUAAACCAGUUCUCUCAGGAGCUGAAUGUGGGGAAGGUCAGUGCGGAGGUCAUGUGGACGCUGUUUGCUCAGGAUAUGAAGUACGCUAUGGAAGAACAUGAGAAGCACAGGCUGUGUAAGAGUGCGGACUACAUGAACCUUCAUUUUAAAGUGAAGUGGCUCUACAAUGAAUACGUUAAAGACCUGCCGACCUUCUCUGACACUGUGCCAGAGUAUCCAGCGUGGUUCCUGCAGUUUGUUCUGCAGUGGUUGGCUGAGAAUGAGGAGGUUUCCAUGGAGUUCAUGCACGGAGCUCUGGAGAGGGAUAAGCGAGAAGGGUUCCAGCCCACCUCAGAGCACGCCCUGUUCUCCAGCUCAGUGGUGGAUAUCUUCACUCAGCUCAACCAGAGCUUCGAGAUCAUCAAGAAGCUGGACUGCCCCGACCCGGCCGUGGUGGCUCAGUACAACCGGCGAUUCGCCAGGACGAUCAGUAAGGUGCUGCUGCAGUACUGCACUAUGCUGUCCAAAAGCUUCCCAUCCUACUGUGAGAAAGAGAAGAUUCCGUGUGUGUUGAUGAAUAAUGUGCAGCAGAUGAGGGUGAUGCUGGAGAAGAUGUUCGAGUUCAUGGGAGCCAAACAGCUGGACUCAGAAGCAGCAGAAAUCCUGAAUGAUCUUCAAGUGAAGCUCAACACAGUUCUAGACAACCUGAGUGCCAUGUUUGCUAAAAGUUUCCAGCCUCGUAUUAAUGUGUGUAUGCGUCAGGUGGGGGAUCUUCUGUAUCAGAUUAAAGGUCCUCUGAAUCAGAACGCUCGGAACAGUGCGGAGGCCGACGCCGUCACCGCGCUGCGACCGCUCAUGGAGUUCCUGGACGCAAAUCUGAGUAUAUUUGCGGACCUGUGUGAGAAGACAGUUCUGAAGAGGGUUCUGAAAGAUCUGUGGAGGAACGUCCUGAUCUGCAUGGAGAAAACCAUCGUACUGCCACAGGGCAGCGACAGCAUCGGGGCGCAGCUUCUCACAGCGGCCAAAGAGCUCUCCAAACUGAAGGGAUCAGAGCCCAAGACCCUUUCACAGAGACAGUGUGCCAUCAUGGAUGUAGCGCUGGACACCAUCAAGCAAUUCUUCCAUGCUGGAGGUGAUGGAUUGAAGAGGACGUAUCUGGAGAAGAGUCCUGAGCUGUCGUCUCUACGCUACGCUCUCUCUCUCUACACUCAGACCACCGACGCUCUGAUCAAGACCUUCAUCACCACGCAGCACACGCAGGUGCACAACGGUAUGGGCAUCAGGAUUACUCCCAAAGAGACCAUUCGACCUGAUCGAGGAUCCGGAGUGGAGCAUCCUAUAGGGGAGGCUGUGAUUCAGGUGGACAUGGCGCCCCCUGCUGCCAACACUGAGCAGAAGCUCACCGUCAAAGUGAUAGCGGUGAAUGAUAUGAAGUGGCAGACGUCAGGACUGUUCCGUCCAUUUGUGGACGUGAAUCUGGUCGGGCCGGUUCUCACCGAUAAGAAGAGAAAGUUCACCACCAAAUCCAAAAACAACUGCUGGACUGCCAAAUACAACGAGGCCUUUCAGUUUGUGCUGGGUAAGGGGGUGAGUGUGGAGUGCUAUGAGCUGCAGUUGACGGUGAAGGAUUACUGUUUUGGGCGGGCGGAUCGGGUGGUGGGGCUGACGGUGCUGAAGCUGAGGGAUGUGAUGGAUAAGCGUAGCUGUGUGUGCUGGUGCCCCCUGGGACCCAAAAUCAUCACCGACCAAACCGGACAGAUCACCCUCAGCAUCCUCGCCCAGCGACCCGCCGACGAGAUCGCCAAAGAUUUCGUCAGACUGAAGACCGAGAGCAGACCGGCCGAGGAGGGGAGGUAGAGAGAGAGAGAGAGAGGGCUCUAUCUUACACUCUGUGCAUGCAGGGCGUGUCAGGAUGCUCACAACCGCCUGGUUUAAACAGCAGCAGAGCUUCUGAAUAUAUCUACACUGAUGGGCGUGGUGUUCUGGAAAUGAGGUGUGUUCAGGUACAUUUCUGGUGUAUUGCUAUCCACAGGAGCUCCACUGACUUAUUAAAACCCUGACAACAGUCACCAGUCAGACGUUCAUCGCUAUCUCGGUAACACAGGUGCUGUGCCGAGCCGAGCGUACACCCCCACUUAUUACACACACACAGCAGCACAAACCCAACUUUUACAUCAACAAUAAACAGAAUAGUAAAUAAAAUAACAUUGCUGUUCCCGUAAAUGAGCUGCUGGAGCUCCUUCACAGCGUCAACCAGCAGCUCAGUUUCCUCUGCUGAGAAGAGUUUGUUGAACACGUCCAGGUAGCUGCACCGUUAAAAUAGCAAUCCACCAAAGUCAGAGAUCACCUGAUUGUACUCUUAAAGGGAAUGAUGAGCAAGAGACACUCUGAUUGGUUUAAAAUUUACAUUACGCCCAAAAUGAACCACACCCAUCAUUAAUGAAGAAAUUUCGAGCUGUGCAAGCUGUACUUUUCCCGUGGUUAUGAUAGCAAAGACACACUGACACGCCCUAAAUCAAGCUGCAUGCCUAGAGAUUAAAGAAAUAGGGCCCAGAGAGACGUUUAGGCGUUAGCUUUAACCUCGGCUGCUCUCUGUCUGACUGGGACUGAACUUUAAUCUGUGUUUAUGUCACACACUCUCGGAUUGACUGCACACACACACACACAAAUAUACACUAAGUGUUGCUGAGGUGUGUGUGUGUAUGAUUGUGAUUUUAGGGCAAUUUAGAUCAAAUGAAAAAAAAAAAAUGAUGAUUUACGUUGACUGUGUGUGUGUGUGUGUGUGUGUUUGUGUGUGUGUGUGUGUGUGUGUGUGUAGAAUGGAUUGUCAUUUCUUUUUGCCAAACUCUGAGCUCUUUGGCUCUACACUGUUUAUUAUUGGUGGCCUUAAACAAGGGGGCGUGGCUAUAGCAGAAGGGGCGUGGUUUCGUCCAUUGUCCACUAAUCUCAUCUCACUUAAUCUAACGCCUCAUUAAAACUCUGCCAUAAACUGCCAGUUACUAUUAAACACCCUCUAUAGUCAGAGUGGGCGGGGCCUACUGUAAAAGCAGCAAAACUGACCAAUAGGACAGCUGCUUUCACUGCGCUGACUCUGACAUUAAUUCCACUAGUGCUGUCAAAUGAUUGAAACAGUUUAAUUGUGCCAUUAAUGAUGAUUAAUUGCACAAAAUUAGCCGAUUAAUCGUGACUAAAAUCACAACAUUUGCAAUUAAUGCAAUUAAUUACAGCGACUCAAGACAAAGCAGUGCUGUGAAUUAAAGUGAGAAAAAAACACCAAUAAACCAAAAAGUGUUUAAUUGCAUUUGUCUGCACCACACAGUGCGAUUAAUCGCGAUUAAAUAAAGUAUGCACACUGCUGUGAUUACUUAUAAUUAACUUAUAAGAUUAACAAAAUGAUGUUAAAUUAUCUAAUCACAGUUGCCAAAACAUACAAAUACAACUAAACACAAAUCAAACACACCAACCAGUGCAGAUUAUCACAGUUAAUCGUGCAAAACUCAAAGCAAAGCGAUUAACUGCAGAUCCCUGCACUGCAUACCACGAUUAUUCAUACUUUACUAACUAACUAAAAUAAGGUGUGCAUUCUGGUUGCACAAAAUUUCCUAGUUUGGUGAUUUAACUACAAAAAUGUAGUUGAUUAUGCAUUAUUAACAUGAUUAACUGCAGUUUUCUGCUAAUUAUAGGGUGAUUAAUCGUGAUUAAUUUUGUCCAACUACAUAAAAUUUGAGUUGUUGAGGUUAAAGACAAAAUCUAAUGUGGUUUGUCCCCAUCACCAACACAAAGAAUGUGAUUAAUCGUGAUUACUCAUGCAAGGGCAGUGGGAUUAAUUGUGAUUAAUCACGAUUAAAAUGAUACUAAUGUUAUUCGGGUAUAAUUAUUUUUCUACACAAAAUAAGAAUUAUGUGAUUUCGUAGUUUAAUUGUGAUUAACUUCACAACUACACAAACAUUAGUUGAUUAUGCAUUAUUAACAUGAUUAAUUGCAGCCGUCUGCUUAUUUUUAUCAUGAUUAAUCGUGAUUAAUUUUGUUAAACUACUCAAAGUUUAAGUCUUCAAAGUUAACUACAAAACCCAACGUGAUUUAUCUUCAUUACCAACAAAGAGAAUGUGAUUAAUUGUGAUAAACCAUGCAUGUGCAGUGGGAUUAAUCACGAUUAAUCAUGAUUAUUCACUAAAAUUAUACUGAUGUUAUUCAGGUAUUCUUAUAUUACAGAUUUGUUCACGAUUGCAGAGGGUUAUUAAUAUAAAAGAGUGUUAUCGUUAUCUCUGACAGGUUUCUCGUUCUUUUUAGCUGCCGUUCACAUUUACCUUCACUUUUCUCUGGUUUUGCCAUUUUUCUCCAAAGACACUUUAAAAGGGAACAAACACUAAACGUUUACACAGUGCGAACCGCCCCAAAAACACAUCCUCCACUGCCAUUGGUCAAGCCCUGAACCUUGUGGACGGGUCAGCCAAUGGGAGUGGAGAUGAGAAACUGUGUGAACCUUGUGCCAAGUAGAUUUAUUUUAUAUUUUCCUCAUUAAUGCACAGAAAACAAUGGACUUUCCAGCAUGUAUUUAUUUACUGUACGCAGUGUUCAUUACAGCUACGACUUAUUUAAAGUGGAAAAGUGAAGAAAAUAAUAUUUAUUUAGUUAUUAAUAAACUACUGUAGAGAUUAUCACACAGAAAACUGUUAAAUAUACUUGUAUGAAUAUACUGUAUGAAUUUUGUAAAUAAAAGAUUUAUCAUCAG